UAUUCCCCGAAGCAAACUGAUGAAUGAGGACAGCAGCAGUAGAGGAGUUAACGCUGACAGGAAGUUCAAGGAGUCCGUGUCCACGGUGGGGCACGUCAAUACUCCUCUCACACUCGCGCUCACUUAUUUUCAAGGCACAUGUCAAAGCCCAACUCACUUCACUUUCGCAGUUCUCCACAAGCAAUUUCCUAGCAUUUUUUAAAUAAAUACAUUUCCUACUCAUUCUAAAUGUAGUGUGAGUGUGGAUAACGGAGACAAAGAAACCAAAAGGAAGACGCUCGCGUUUCUUUCGGCGUUCGCACGCGCAGAGCGUCAGGAGUGAGUGACGCGUGACUUACUCAUAUAUGGAACUGUGUUCGCACGAGCAGUAAACCCAGUGAGGAUGUCACCUCAUACUCAGCAGCGGCGAGACUCUCAAGAAAGUUGGAAACUGAACACUGGAGCAUCCAGCGUUGCUUAGUACAUUACAAUACAUGAAGCCAAGCCUCCAGACGCGUUGUUUAGCCAAAGCAAGCAGGAAUACUCCCUGAUGCGCACGAGUUGGGAAAACUUUUGAUCCUUUUCAUUAAAGUGGGAUAUUAGGACUGGAAACGGAGUGGGUACAUUAGCUGCGUUACUUUUGAUGUCUCCGGUCAGCACAGCUGUAAAGGUUUCAACUUCCUGUGAUACAAUCACACCAUGCCUGAGGGGGCGGGCCGCAACAGCCAGAAAAAAAACAGCAACCAAGCUGCCAAGCGCCCCUCCUCUGUGUCCUAGCUGAGUGGGAUUGUGAGCCGCAUGGCCUCCUCAGGGGGCGCGUCCCGUGGUAGCUGCACCUCUGUUAACACGGUGUGCUCUGACAGUGACCGCGGAGCCAGUCUUAGCUCCUCUGCCUCGUCUGCCUCGCUGCAGGAUGGGCACUCUUCCUCUUCUUCCUCAUCGCUCCCCUACGGAGCCGUGCCGGCCUACCCCGGGCCACAGCGUAAUGGCUCCGAUAUCAGCCUGGACCUCACCCCUCUCUCCCUGCUGACAGGAGCCAGUCCCCUCCCUGCUUCCACAACACCACAGCCCAAACUCACUCGUCUGGAGAGGGUGGUACUGGAGAUAGUGGAGACCGAGCAGGCCUACGUGAGGGACCUCAAGAGCAUUGUGGAGGACUAUCUUGGCUGCAUUAUUGACUGUGGCGACUUGCCCCUCAAACCCGAGGAGGUCAGCACCCUCUUCUGCAACAUCGAGGACAUCUAUGAGUUUAACAGUGAGCUUUUGGAAGAUCUGGAACGUAGUCCACAUGCGGCAGCCAUAGCAGAGUGCUUUGUGGAGAGGAGUGAAGCUUUUGACAUUUAUACCAUAUACUGCAUGAAUUACCCCAACUCAGUAACAGUCCUGCGGGACUGCAUGAAGAACGAGAGCCUGGUGCGCUUCUUCCAGGAAAGGCAGGCCACUCUGUGUCACUCAUUGCCUCUAGAGACUUACCUGCUGAAACCAGUGCAAAGAAUUCUUAAAUAUCAUCUCCUGCUGCAGGAACUAUCCAAACACUUUGAUAAAAGUGAUCCAGGGUAUGAGGUGGUCGAAGAUGCCAUUAUAACCAUGACAGCAGUUGCCUGGUACAUCAAUGACAUGAAGAGGAAACAGGAACAUGCAGUCAGACUGCAGGAGAUUGAGAGCUUGUUGCUGAACUGGACUGGGCCUGAUCUCAGUGGUUUUGGAGAGCUGGUACUUGAAGGUUCCUUCCGGGUUCAGCGUGUGAAAAAGGAAAGAGCAUUCUUUCUUUUUGACAGAAUGCUUCUCAUUGCCAAGAAGAGGUCGGAUCAUUUUAUAUACAGCACUCACAUCUUUUGCUGUAAUCUGCUCUUAGUGGAAAACAUGAAGGAUCCCCUCUGUUUUAAGGUGUCUGACCAAACAAUCCCAAAACAGCAGCACAUUGUUCAGGCUAAAAACCAGGAGGAGAAGCGGCUGUGGCUACAUUACCUCAAAAGGAUGAUUGUGGAAAACCAUCCUGCAUCCUUACCCCAGAAAGCAAGGCAGGUACUUGGUGACAACUUCUGUCAGUCCCCACAGUUUGAUCAGGAGCCAAUAAGAAAACCAAUGCCUUCUCCACGACUGGAUGUUGUUCAUAACUACCACAGAGGAAGAAGGCAAUCAGAGCCACCAGAGUUCAUCUACACCCCAGAGAAAGCCAAGAAAAGCCUUCCACUCCUCCUAGAGGGUAACCUGCCAUACAAGCGUGGGAGGAGACAGUCUGCUCCUGCCAAAGAUAUAGAAGCUGCGUUCCAGCAAAAUGGUUCUUUAAAGGCUGGCAGUGAAGGGGAGUUGUGCCCACAGGCUGAUCGCAUGGGCUCUUCAUGCAGUACCAGUACUCUGGCAUCCUCUGUCAUUGAAGUUGAAUCUGGACAUGAUGAUUUGGCUCUAUGUCAGGAUGAGGAUGACAUGACCCCACUCCCUCCACCACCAACACUGUCCAUUACUGAAGAAAUCAUGCAGUUCAUUAACGAGAGCCGUGCUCGACAAGCCAUGGCUGAUUUAACAUCUGAAGUGUUGACUCCAGAGUCCCUGGAAGGCCAGCCAUUGGAGGCACAGCAUUUAGAUGAGUCCAAACCACUAAUAGCUGAGGUGGAUGAAAAUAAACAUCAGACCAAUGAUACCAAAAGAUCUGAGGCAGAAGAAACUCUGAUAGAUGGGUCAGACAAAAACGAGGACAGCCAUCCAUCAUGUGAAGCAAUUGUUGCUCCAACAGAGGAGCUUGAGGAAGCAUCAUCACUAUUGCAGACCUCCAAAGAAGAGAAUCAAUUGGGAGUGUUCACAUUACCAGAGCCUAGUCAUAGUGAAUCAUCCAACCCAGAAAUGAAGGCCACAGAUGAAAAGGGGGGAAAAGAUACUGAAGACUCUGUUAGUAAAAGUGAAGAACCUCAUCUAUCUGAUAAUUUGGGGAAAACCACUGAUGACACAGCAUGUGAGGCUAAGUCAGCUUGUGCUCACAUUGCUACUACAUUAAAAGCAACUGACAGCUCUCUUGUCCCCAAAGUAGAACCUGAGCAAAAACUAACCAAAAGUGACAAGCAAAUUAUUGAGAAGAUACGCAGCUAUUAUGAGGCAGCAGAGGCAGGUGUUGAGGAGGGUCAGACAGCACGAAGAAACAGCUUCUCUCAUAUUCCUGCUGGAUUAGUGAAGGAUUCUGUGUCUCGAUUCAAUGUUUGUGUUCACCAAGACAGCCUAAUUGAGUCUGAGAGUAGCCCCUCAGGCUGUGUUGAAACUGACACAGCAUCUUCAUUACUCCCAACAUCAGACCAAUCUGACCAGACUUUCAACCAUGAGGAAUUUGCUGAUACAGCCAUUCCUCAUUCAGAUGUAUUCCAAGAACAAAAAGAAUUAUUAAACAGCGAGAAUGCAAAUAAAAAGGAUGAAGACAUUUGUGAGUUCAAUCCCUGUAUGAAACUGUGGAAGGAGAAAGAAAGAACUGGCCAAGGCUCUAAAAAUAAUCUGAAAGUUCCUUUCUCAAAAGAAAAGAGCUGUGGUGAACACACAGAUGCUCCUGAGAAAAUCAAGACAUCCCUAAAUUGCACAACAACCCAGAUGCAGCAUAAACAUGACCAUUCACAAUGCAGUUCUGACACUUCAGACACAUCUAAUCUGCAGACCACAGAGACUGUGGAUACAUCUCUUCAGUAUGGAAGUAGAACAAGAGCUAGGAUGUCCUCUAAUGGAAACCUGGAUAGCUUUCCCAGUCAGAUUAAAGUUGGCCGAUGGUCUCGUCAUGGUAAGGUGGUAACGUGUAGCCACACCCUUUAUGAGGGAAUGGAAGAGGUACCAGAUUUAGGAUUUUUUGAGGGUGGACCAGUCAAUCAGUGCUUGGUAGAAAACUCAGAAAAGAUUCUUAAUAAAGUGCAAAUGCUUGCACGCAUGUACACAGCGAAAGCAAGCAGCAUGAAGGUACCACUACACCAGAAGAAAACACGAGUGAGCAGGGGAACAUGGUCAGUGGAGGGAAAAGAGAGCACUUCACCCAAGUCUCGGCAAGUACAGCUGCACCAGGGAGAUAUAAGAAUACUAAAUCAUCCCACAGAAGAGUUUUCAGUAUCAACACCCACUGAGACUUUUGGUCACAUCAUUUUAAGGGAGAAGCUGUCUACAACAUAUCACCAAGAAAAUGAUUGCAAUCUCAUUGGGCCCCCAGAUGAGAUCUCAACAAAUGGAUCUAAUUCACUGUAUUUUUCAUGUGCUGAAUCCUCUGCUACUUCAUUAACAACUGUUAUUGAAUCACAGGUCUCUGUAAUAUCAGACCAUAGAAAAAGCUCCUUAGACAAAUGUGAGUCUAAAGUACAAGAGGGAGAUCAAUCCUUGUCACUUUCAACUUUCUCAGGAACUCAAGUCCAAGCUGAGCCAGAAAUACUCUCCAACCUAGCCAGAUUUCCAUUGGAAAAGCAGGCUGACAUUGUACUGCAGUCCGUUCAGGAGAACCAUUGUUCUGUGGAUAAAUCCAUUGCAAUUAAUAGGACUGAAGAAGGACAGACAUUGCAAGAAGAGAACCCUGCUUUUGUGAGCAAUUCUGGUCAGAGUAGUGAACUUUUUAUUGACCCACUUUUCAGUAAACAUUGUGAAAAAGAAGAGACUCACAGUGUAGAGGAGAAAAGGGACUUAAUUGCACAGCACUGUGAAAGCAUAUUGUCCAUUGAUGAUAAACGAGAUGAAAUACAUACAGGACAUUUGAAUUCCAAGCAGGCCUGGGCUGAUACUGAAGCCACUAGCAUGGAGGAAAUAACACCUGUAAUGUCCUCUGUUAGUGAAGUAGGUGCAUGUCCCCCUUUACAGUCAGCAGCCUCCUCAAAAAACUGUGUUCUAAACACUGUAGUCAUCUCUGAAGGAUCAGAGCAUUCAUACCCUUUAGCCCAGUUGCAAGAAGAUGCAACUAGCCCUACACAACAGAAGCCUCUGCUUGGUUCAUGUGACAAGUGUAGUCCACUGGAUGUUAAAUCCAAAGAAGACCUGAGCAAUAUUUCAAAGAGUUUGAGCCCACCCUCUACACCCCCAGUAGGUGGACCUCCUUUGGAUGAGCUUCCAAGGUUUACUAGCCAAAGGCCUUCCAAUCUACCUUCUGCCACAGGAAAGAGAACUCCCUUCACCAAUUGGAAUCCAUCAUCUCCAGCAACUCAAAGAGUGCCACAUACUUCAUUGCGGACCAAGGAACAGUUUCAGGAUACUUCCGCUUCUGGCCUUUCUCCUUACAGACAAUCUUUCUCCCAGGCUCUUAAUGACAAGCCUUCAAACAUUCCUUUUAGUUGUGGACUUCCUUUAGAUGCGAAACCACCAUCUGCAUUUAGUCCAAACCUGCGAAUGCGAUCACCCUCUCCAAAUAGAAGUGCCCAGAACUCCAGACUGUCCUCAACACCCUCGGCUCUUACAAAGUCUCUUGCUGCCUCUUGUAUUAGUCAGACAAUUUCUCAAACCAUGGCCAAGAGAAGUGCACAUCUUCAGACUGCUUCCCCACCUGUGAGCUCUUCCCCUCUGCCCACAUCUUCUUUAAGGCUAAGGUCACCAUCACCUAAACCCAUCACCUUGGACUCAAGUGCAGAGUCAGGUUUUAGUAGAACAUCCAGCACUGGGGUAGGGAGUCAGCCCCUAAGGUCUUGUCCAUCCCCAUUCAGAUCAAACAGUCUUCCAUCUAGUCCAUCAACAGUUCAGUCCCCUCCUUCUUACCGUAGUCAACGGUCAAUAUCCCCUGCACCUCCAGUUAGCCUCCAUUCAGCUCUAUCUGCUGACAGCCCAAACUCUGCUGCUCUUGAACAGCCUUCUUACACCAGUUUCAAUGGUAAUAAUAACAAUAACAACAGUUUAAGUAAUAACAGGUGGGCCACUAACCACAAAAAAGCACCACACUCAAAUGUGGAUGGACUCCCUCAUUUUCAUGAUCCUCAAAGAACAACCUUGCACAAUAGGGUGACUUGUUCCUCUCCAUCCUCUGAGCCUAGCUCUCGUGUACAGUCCCCUUCUAUUUGCUCAUUUUUAGUCACCCAAAUCUGCUCCCCUCCACCUGCUCCAAACCACUCCAAUCAUCUGGUAACAAAGCCACCAAAUCCCAGAACCCCUAGACAAGGUGGCUUUUUUACCCCUCUGUCUUUGGAAAUCUCAAGAUCAACAUCAGCUUGCUCAUUAUCUCCCUGUGAGAGCCCCAGAAUCACCUCUCCACCUCCUAUUGGCAUUCCUGCAAAUGUAUUGGGUGUUGCUAAUCCGCAGCCAAGGAAUCCUUUAAUAACAAAUGCAUCUUCUCCAACAAAAGUGGAAACAAACUCUACUCAAAGAGGCCCCAGAAUCAUCUCUCCUACACCAAUGGGAACAUCUUCAUGUUCAACAACCAACUCACAGAGCCAGAGGAGGCUUCGAGGAACCAGUUUGUCCUUUGUUGCUCUAGGGGAUAGACCACCCAGUCCAACUAGACACGAACGCAGGUCUUGGGCAGAAAGUGGACGAUGGUCAGUGGGUUCAGAAUUGGGCUUAAUAAGUCCUUGCGGGGGUUCAUACAGUGGCAGCCCAUCUUCUAUCAGCCCUGGCCCUCUUUCACCUGUCAGACUAACAACUGAAAGGACCAGUCAUAGUGGAAAGCAUUUCACAAGCAUUGCCUGGCCAGAUGUACAUGAUAUGUUGACAAAAUACAACACGGAGCCUAGUACUGAACCUGAUGCUUUGUCCUGCACUGAGACAGAGCAAGAUGACAAGGAGGUUGCAGAAUCUACUUGUAGGAGCACCCUGAUCUGUCCCUAUGUCGCUCCUGCUAACCCAAAUAUAAGAGAGAGUCCCAUUCAGUGCCCAACUGAGGGAAAAACAGAAGACAGUGUUACUAAUCAAGGGUCCAAAACAACAUUAAAAACCAGUUAUGCCACCACAGUCAACUUGCAGAUUGCCGGGAGUGGGAGGAUAGCAUCCUUUAGCAAUGCACAAGUCAGCCUGACUCAGACACUGUCCCCUCUGGCAGACAGCCAGAGCAGGAGAAGGGUCAGCAUCAAUAGCUGCAACUUCUCAAUGCAGAACUGCAAAAGGCUUUGAGUGGUAUGCUCCUGAAGUCUAGUAUGGUGCCUAUUUCUUCAAAGGCACUUUAUCUGACACUUUAGGAUGUAGCAGAGGAGUCAGCUUAGAGAUCCAAAUCCACUCCACUCAGAAGGAAAAAAAAUCAUGGACUAUAAAAUACGGGUGACAGCCAGUUGCUAUGGUCAUUGUGUGUGUUUUUUUUAUUUUGUUAUAUUUUUUUUUAACCCUCAACCCUACUUCUUGGCCAAGAUACUAGUAAAACAUCAAUAAAAGACUGCUUUGCUAUAUUUGACAAUGCUUAUUUUAUUGCAUCCAAGACUAUGUAAUAUGCAAAUGUAUUAUAUGUAAUUGAACUAAAGCCUCUGUCAUUAAAGGCUUUCAGUUGGCUGUGAUAUAUAAAGAACUUAUUUAUGAAGUAGUUGUUUUUUGGCACUUAACUCGUUUUGCACAUUUUUCUCGAAUGUGGUCCAGACGUGUCUGGAAAAUAGUGUGUUUCAGACAAAACAUUCUCAUUUUUGUUAAAAUACAUUUUUAUUGCCAGUGUUCCAUACAAAUUUGGUUAAUAAUACAGUACAUUUGAAAACAUGGGAACAUAAAUUGCUGCUUUGAUAAAAAUCUGAUAUUUUGCAUUGAUGAAAAUGUUUGCUGUACACCCUGCAAAAGCAUUACAUAAUGCCCAAGAAAAGUAUUUUGAUGCAGACUAAGAUAAGUUAAUGGUAAUCAAAUGGACUCUUGAAUUUGUUUUAAUUUUUAGUGUAUUUUUUAAUGUAAUGCGUUGUUGAUUUGUUAAGGUUCUUGUCACAUAAUGCAUAAGCCAAUUAAACAUAUAUCUCAGAUUUGUUUACCUGAGGUCUUGCUCCACACCAUGCCUGAAAUGGUGCAAAGAAAAGAAAUGUUCAUACCUGCUCUCUGUACUUACUGUCAAAAAACUCCAUGAUUGUCACACUGUAUGGAAAAUGUGCUUGCUGUUAUUUGUACCUAAAUAAAACCUGCAUAGUGUAA